GGGCCCGGCGCCGCCGCCGCCGCGAUGGCCCAGCAGCAGAUGACCAGCUCGCAGAAGGCCCUGAUGCUCGAGCUGAAAUCCCUGCAGGAGGAACCGGUGGAGGGCUUCCGGAUCACCCUGGUGGACGAGUCCGACCUCUACAACUGGGAGGUGGCCAUCUUCGGACCCCCCAACACCCUCUACGAAGGCGGCUACUUCAAGGCGCAUAUUAAAUUUCCUAUUGACUACCCCUAUUCACCACCUACCUUCAGAUUCUUGACCAAAAUGUGGCACCCCAACAUUUAUGAGAAUGGAGAUGUAUGCAUUUCGAUUCUUCAUCCGCCUGUAGAUGACCCACAGAGUGGAGAACUGCCUUCUGAAAGGUGGAAUCCUACUCAGAAUGUGAGGACUAUCCUAUUAAGUGUAAUCUCACUGCUUAAUGAGCCCAACACCUUCUCCCCAGCCAAUGUCGAUGCUUCAGUUAUGUUCAGGAAAUGGAGAGACAGUAAAGGAAAAGACAAAGAAUAUGCUGAAAUUAUUAGGAAACAAGUUUCAGCCACUAAGGCCGAAGCAGAAAAGGAUGGAGUGAAGGUCCCCACAACCCUGGCGGAAUACUGCAUCAAAACUAAAGUGCCUUCCAAUGACAACAGCUCAGAUUUGCUUUACGACGACUUGUAUGAUGACGACAUUGAUGAUGAAGAUGAGGAGGAGGAAGAUGCCGACUGUUAUGAUGAUGAUGAUUCUGGGAAUGAGGAGUCGUGACGUGCUCCUUCAGUGCCCCUGUACUGCCCUGCCAUCUCAGGCCAAAGGGAGGGGAGCAAGUGGGGACCUGGCCAUGGCCCCUCAGCAAAAACCUAUUCACAGCGGGUGGGGAAACACACAGCUCCUGCUGACUCCCCUUAUGGAUCUCAGUUUGCUCCUUUUUAUGGACCUUUAAUGGAGAGAGAGUAACCCUCCACAGAAUGUCUGAAUUCUUGCAUUCUUUACCCUUCCAUCACUAUAUUGAUUCUUUUUUUAAAAAACAUCAACCCAAACUCCCGCCUCACUUCGUCUCUACAGAAUGUUCACAGCAAAACACGUUUGGUCUGUUUUUAGAUUCUUGAAGAAUUCAAUAGUCUUUCAAGAUGUUUAAUGUGUUUAAAGCGGGGAACCUGUUGGGAGUUCACAAGUGCUGCAUAUACUGGGUAGCAAAAGAAAAUGGAAAAAAACCCACAAAACAAACUUUAAAAAAAAAAAAAAGCAAAUUUGCCAAGGUUUAGCUGCUCAUUUACAUUAGUGUGUGUGCAUUCGUUCAGCCCCAUGGUGGUGAAUUCUGUUUCUUUCCUUUCCUAAGGCUGGGACAUGGUGGGCGUCAGGGACUUUGUGCUAAGCCUGAUGAAAUGUGCUCCUUCAAUCUCCAUGAAACCAUCGUAACAUGGAGGCCUCAGCUGCUCUGAGGAGAGAAAUCAGACUUUGUUUUUUGAAAUCGAUUGGGAUCGAAAGCCUGAAAUAAAUAUUCAUACUUUACAUAGAAAAAAAUUUUUUUUUUAAAUCAAGAAAAACCAAUUUGAAAGUCAAAGUUCUUUUAUUCUAAAGCUCUAAGUGUGCAAAUAAACCCACUCUGUAUAUUUAUGCAAAUAGCUAAACAAAAGGCAGAUAAAUAGAUAUAAUCUUCAGUCCAUGUAUUGGCCUAACUGCUUGUCCCUGCAUGCCCAGUCCAACAAACCUCACUGCCUACCUACACAACCAGCAAGUAAAAAAUUGGGAGUUUAGCAGGUACAAAUUGCCAUCAGUUGGUCAAAACUAAGCCGGUAAAACCAGUUUCUUGGGUAUGGUAAAAUAUUUCUUACUUUAUAUGGCAUAUUGGUCAAGGUAUUUAUCACUGAACUGGAGUUACUUUUUCAAAAAAUUAGUUAACAGAUCUGAAAUGCUCAUUAAAUAUUGUCUCCACAACAUAAAAGUAAUCAUAAGCAUAAUGGUCAAUUGGAAACAUUCCCAGUCCAAGAUUCGUUGCUAUAUUUGACUUCUGUGCUUUCUCCCCGUCUAAUUUAUCUCUAUGCCUUAAUUUCUCCUCCUUCUUUGCCCCUAUACCUUUCAAUUGUUUCUGCCACCAAAGAAUCAAUUUCACUUGCUGUAAUUUUUCCCUUCUCCAAUGUGUUUACUAUAUGUUGAUAUAAUUGUACUGGUUCUCUCUUUUGUUGCAACUUUUCAAUGUGCCUUUCUUUUCCCAUUUCAUUACUAGACCUAUACCAUUUUGCCCCAUUUUGUUUUCUUCUUUUAUUCAAAUUGUGUGUACCUAUGAUUCAUGAAACCCAGUUCCAAAAAACUUAUGCAUACAUCUCUGUAAUUCAAUGAACUUAUACCAUGAAUAUUUGUUGCACACCUCCAAUGUGUCAGCCACUGUACCCAAUGCCAAGGAUUCAAAUUGAAUAAUAAUUGUUCUCUAUCUCAGGCAUCUCAUAAGGCACAUAGCCAAGGAGACAAACAAGUAUGCACUGACGGCUAGUUUAAAUUUGUAGGUUUUAUAAUAGAAAUAUGAACAAGUUAUUGUGGGAGAAUGAAAACACAACUUCUCCCAGGUCAGAGAGAAGGGGGGGUAUGAGAAUGUCAGAAAGGCUUUAUGAAAGAGACAUUUGAGCUGGGUCUUUGAAAGAAGAGCAGAACUUUACCAGGUGUCUUGUUUGUUUUGCUAUAUGCUUUAUUUUACAUUUUAAAAAAACUUUUAUUUAAGGUUUUGGUGUACAGAUUAUUUUGUUACCCGGUAAUAAGCAUAGUACCCAAUAGGUAGUUUUUCUAUCCUCUCCCUCCUCCCACCCUCUACCGUUAAGUAGGCCUUGGUGUCUGUUGUUCCCUUGUGUACAUGUGUACUCAAUGUUUAGCUCCCACUUAUAAGUGAGAAUAUGUGGUAUUUGGUUUUCUGUUCCUACAUAAUUUAGCUUGGGAUAAUUGCCUCCAGCUCCAUCCAUGUUGCUGCAAAGGACAUAAUCUUAUUUUUUUAUGGCUGUGUAUAUUCCAUGGUGUACAUGUACCACAUUUUCUUUAUCCAGACUACUACCGAUGGGCAUUUAGGUUGAUUCAUGUCUUUGCUAUUGUGAAUAGUGCUGCGAUGAACAUAUGCGUGCAUGUGUCUUUAUGGCAGAACAAUCUAUAUUCCUUUAGGUAUAUAUCCAAUAAUGGGAUUGCUGGGUCGAGGGGUAAUUCUGUUUCAGGUUCUUUGAGAAAUCACCAAAGUGCUUUGCACAACGGCUGAACUAAUUUACAUUCCCAUUAGCAGUAUAUAAGUGUUCCAUUUUCUCUGCAACCACGCCAGCAUCUAUUGCUUUUUGACUUUUUAAUAGCCAUUCUGAUUGGUAUGAGAUAGUAUCUCAUUGCGGUUUAGAUUUGCAUUUCUCUAAUUAUUAGUGAUGUGGAACAUUUUUUCAUAUGCUUCUUGGCCACAUGUAUGUCUUUUUGAAAAAUGUCUGUUCGUGUCAUUUGCCCACUUUUUAAUGGGGUUGUUUUUUGCUUAUAAAGUUCCUUAUAAAUUCUGGAUAUUAGACUUCUCUAGGAUGCAUAGUUUGCAAAUAUUUUCUCUCAUUCUGUAGGUUAUCUGUUUACCGUGUUCACUGUUUUGUUUGUUUGUUUUUGGCUAUGCUAAAGCUCUUUAAUUAGAUUCCAUUUGUCAAUUUUUGUUUUUGUUGCAAUUGUUUUUGGCAUCUUUGUUAUGAGAUCUUUGCCAGGUCCUAUUCCAGAAUAGUAUUUCCCAGGCUAUCUUCCAGGGCUUUUAUAGUUUUAGGUUUUAUAUCUAAGUCUUUACUUCAUAUGAGUUGAUUUUUGUAUAUGGCAUAAGGAAGGGGUCCAGUUUCAAUCUUAUGCAUAUGGCUAGCCACUUAUUUCAGCACCAUUUAUUGAAUAGGAAGUCCUUUUCUCAUUGCUUGUUUUUGUCAACUUUUUUCAAAUAUCAGAUCAUAGGUGUGCAGCAUUAUUUCUGGGCUCUUUUCUGUUCCAUUGGUCUAUGUGUCUGUUUUUGUACCAGUACCAUGCUGUUUUGGUUACUGAAGCCUUGUAGUAUAGUUGAAAUUGGGUAGUGUAAUGCCUUCAGCUUUGUUCAUUUUGCUUAAGAUUGUUAUGGCUAUUCAGGCUCUUUUUUAAGUUCCAUAUGAAUUUUAAAAGUUUUUUUUUCUAAUUCUGUGAAGUAUGUCACUGGUAGUUUCAUAGGAAUAGCAUUGAAUCCAUAAACUGCACUGGGAAGUACAGCCAUUUUAACAACACUAAUUCUUCCUAUUCAUGAGCAUGGAAUAUUUUUCCAUUUGUUUGUGUCAUCUCUGAUUUGUGUUUUGUAAUUCUUUUUGUAGAGAUCUUUCACCUCCCUUGUUAUCUAUAUUUCUAGGUAUUUUUGUAUGUGUAUGGCUAUUGUGAAUGAGAUUGCAUUCUUGAUUUUGACCCUCAGAUUAAAUGCUGUUGGUGUAUAGAAAUGCCACUAAUUUUUGUACAUUAAUUUUGUAUCCUGAAACUUUGCUAAUUGUUUAUCAGAUCAAAGAGCUUUUAGGCAAAGACUAUGGGGUUUUCUACAGAAUCAUAUUGUCUGCAGAGAUAGUUUGACUUCCUGUUUUCCUUGGAUGUCUUAUAUUUCUUUCUCUAACCUGUUAUCUCUGACUAGGACUCUCAGUACUAUGUCGAAUAGGAUUGGUGAGAGUGGGCAUCUUUGUCUUAUUCUGGUUCUCACGGGGAGUAUUUCUAGCAUUUGGCCCAUUCAGUAUGAUGUUGGCUGUGGGCUUACCAUAGAUGGCUCUUAUUUUGAAGUAUGUUCCUCUAAUGCCUAGUUUGCUGAGGGUUUUUAACAUGAAGCGAUGUUGAAUUUUAUUGAAAGCCCUUUCUGCAUCUAUUGAGAUGACCAUGUGGUUUUUGUUUUUAGUUGUUUAUGUGAUGAAUCACAUUUAUUGAUUUGCAUAUGUUGAACCAAACUUGCAUCCCAGGGAUAAAGCUUGCUUGAUUGUGGUGGAUUCGUUUUUGACAUGCUGCUGGGCUUGGUUUGCUAGUCCAGCAAAUUGAGUCAUUGAGGAUUUUUGCAUCUAUGUUCCUCAAGGUUAUCCAUAUUCGGAACUCUAUUUUUGUCAUGUCAGCCUGGUUAAGAACCACUGUUGGGGAAAUAGUGCAGUUGCUUGAAGGUAAGAAGGCACUCUGGCUUUUUGAGUUGUCGGAGUUCUUCUGCUGGUUCUCACCUGUGUGGUCUGAUGUUGCUUCAACCUUCGAAGUUGCUGUUUCUUGGAUAGGUUUUUCUGCUUUUGUCUUCUUUGAUGCCCUUGGGGGUCUGAAUGUUGCAUAUAAUGGGCUCAGCCAAGUGGCCUCAUUUCUGGAAGAUUGUAGGGGCCAAGGCUGAGCUCAGCACUCAUGAGCUGUGUGUUCUAACUCUGAGGAGGCUGGUAUUGGACCUCUGGCUUUGUUUUCUAGCCCCUCAAGGUUAGGAGCCUAGCAGGUGUCUUAAACUGUUUUCUGUUGCGAUAAUAGAAUACCUGAGAGUGGGUAACUUAUUAAAAAGAGUUUUAUUUAGCACUUGGUUCUGUUGGCUGGGAAAUUCAGGAUCAGGCAGCUGUAUCUGGUGGGUUCUCAUUACUGCCUCAUGCUGCAUCAAAACAUGGUAGAGAAACAGAAGGGGACUGAGUUUGUGCAAACAAAAAGCGCAAAAUAGAAGAGGCAGCAUUGUUUUAUAACAACUCACUCUCUUGGGAACUAACCAUUCCCACGAGAACCCAGUCUCAGUGUCAAGAGAAAGAUGUUAAUCCAUCUUAGCAACCUAAUUACCUCUUAAAAGUACCAUCUCCCAACACUAUUACAUUGGCAAUUGAACUACAACAUGAGUUUUGGAGGCGCCAAACAACAUCCAAACCAUAGCAGCAGGUUUAAAGGUAAAAGGAUGGGAGAAAAGUACACAGAAAGAUAUUCUGGAGAAAAGGCACAGAGUGAGCCAAGGCACAAGGUAAAAUGUUUGACUGGUUAGAGACGCUAGAUUAUUUUGUGCGGCUAAGACAAAACAAAGCUGGUGGGGAGUGGCAGGAGGUACGUCUAGAAUGGCACAAUGGGGCCAGACUGCGAAUGGCAAACUGAAGUAUGUGAUAUUUUAUUCUAAAGAAAAUGUAGUAUGAUUAGCACA